AAUGGUUUUUUGUUAUGACGCAUCAUUUUCAUCCAACAUUGCUCAUAUUUGUGUUGUUUUGUAUAAAAAUAUUGCGAUUCUCUUGAUUUACAAGUGUUGUACAAAUGAUGAAUAAUCCAUGAUGGCCAAGGAUGAUAUUACACUAGGAGAGGAGAUGGGAAAACUGGAGAUAGAACCUGUAAAACUAAAAAUCAUCAAAGAAGAAAAUCCAUUUACACCUCUGUCGCUCCAAAAAAGAAAUGUAUUUACAAGAACUCUCCACCAAAACUUGAAAUGUUCUUGUCUUAUACAGAAAAGGAAUAAAAACUUAAGUAUAUGUAAAAAGAAACAAAAUAAAAUUCUCAAAGAGCCUGUCUUGAAGUUACUGCAAGUAAACGGCCAAAACUGUAGUGUAAGUGAAGAUUGUUAUCACAUGUGUAAAAAGAUAUCAAGACUACCAGUUAAAAGUUCCGAUAGCUUGAGUGUAUGUGCACUUGUUGAUAAUUGCAACCAGCUAAGGAUAUCUUCAGGCGGCAAUGAGGAACCUCCAGCAAGUGUAGAACAAAAUGAAAGUCAGUGGUGGAAAAGUAAUGUAACAAAUGCUCGACAAACAAAAGACACAAUCUCAGGGAUGACUCAGGCUGGCUCCUGUUCACAACAAGCUUUGAACCCACCCUGUGAUGUCACAAUUGAUGAGCUAGCUAGCUACUUUGAAACAUUGGUUCAUAUUCCCAAAAAGAUGUCAUCAAUGGCUGAAAUGAUGUACAUUUAAAAACAUUUUUGAAUAUUUAUAUGAGAAGUGGUCCAACACAUAAGUAAAAGUGUGUAAUAAUAGUCAAUGACUGCAACUAUGUGAUGGUACUUGCAAACUGCUGAGUGACUGAGCGGGAAAAAUGCACAGACCUGUUUUGAAUGAUAUAAUUAUAGCAUAAUCAGUUAUCAAAGUGUUAACUAGGAAAUGAAUCAUUUCUAAGUGUAAUUAUUAAUUUCUUACUGUUAUUUUGUAAUCUUUAAUGUGUACACAUAUCUAAACUGGGCAUAAAUGUAAUUUUACUAAUUACUAUUAUUUCUUUGAUGGGCCAUGAGUCAAAUAUUUUAAAUGAAUAGUAGAAUUUAGAUAGGAACAAUGUAAAUUAAUGUUUCAUUAAAUUUUAUCGGUAUUGUGAUUA